AUGCAUACCUUUAAAGCGACGAACCUGUACCAAAAAGAAGAAGCAGUAGCUUUGCCACAGUCGGUUAAGCACUGCCACAUGCUCCGACAACUAGCGACAAACCUGCUUGGUGCCGUUGCGGAGUACACGCUCCGUGGUAACAUGAGUCGAGCGCAAGAGGCUUCUUUGCAGUCUAGAAUUGUCAACAUCGCGGGAGAUGUAUGCAGCAUUGUAACGCCACCGGAAGACCAAUGGCAGGUGAAUAAUAUUCAAAGCCAUAAAAUGGCCGCUAUCAACCUUUUCUUUAGCUGGCACGUCUUCGAACACAUCCCAUUGCGCCAGUCCAUUUCCUAUGUCCAGUUAAGUGACCUGGUCAGCGUUGAUCAUCCUCUUCUAGUAUUUAUGUGUUUGAAAUUGACUAUAGUAGUUCGAGUUGCACGCAUGCUGGUCUCCACUGGUGUUCUGGAAGAGGACGGACCCGACCGGGUCGCGCACACUGCGAGCUCUAGGAUCUUUCUUCCCGAAAACCCUUACGGAAACCUAAACCAAGUUGUGCUGGAUUAUGGAUUGUCCCAGUGUCACGCCGUUGAGUACUUCCAAAGCAAUGGACGGACAGAACCGGACGGCAUCGGGCCUAGUCCUUUUACUUUUACAAAGGGCAUGCCUGAUAACAACCUAUGGAACAUCUAUGAGGACCAGACGAAGGCAGAUGUCUUUAUGCGAGCAAUGAAAGCACUAGAUCGCUUUGCGCCUAUUACCGGUGCUGGUCUAUAUAGCUUUGCGUGGAUCGCCGAGGCAUCUGGUACGGAAGACAGCGAUAGGCCGUUGCUGGUUGACGUUGGCGGUGGCGGAGGCCACGCUAUUGAGGCAAUCUGUCAAACCACAGGUCUGUCAUUGAAACGUUGUAUAUUGCAGGACAAAGAACCUGUAAUUGCCAAACUGAAGAGUACGGAUAACCUGUCCGGCUUGCAGCUCAUGUCUAUCGACAUGCACAAGGAGCAGCCAGUGAAAGGCGCAUUCGUAUAUUACAUCCGUCAUUGCCUUCACGAUUAUAACAACGAUGUAGCCCGCGUCAUUCUUCAGAAUAUUUCCCACGCAAUGGCGGACGAUAGCAAGUUGCUUAUUUCCGAGCAGGUGAUUGACUGGCCUCCAAGGCCGGAAUCUACUGCUAUGGAUAUGCUUAUGCUGGCUGUGGGUGGUAAAGAGCGGACCGAGCUGGAAUGGAGAUUCCUUUUGCAAAGUGCAGGGCUGUUGCUGGAGCAGAUUCACAAGGCUUCUAGCUCGCUACAUUGUGUCAUUGAGUGUAGGAAAGCACUUAAUACGUCGAAUGAUCAGCAUUAA